GCCACCUUUAUCCGUGUCAUUGGUUCAGAGCUUGUUCAGAAAUACGUCGGAGAAGGUGCCAGGAUGGUCCGCGAGCUGUUUGAGAUGGCGCGGACAAAGAAGGCUUGCAUCAUCUUCUUCGAUGAAAUCGACGCCGUCGGUGGAGCGCGUUUCGAUGACGGUGCUGGAGGCGACAACGAAGUUCAACGUACCAUGUUGGAGCUCAUUACACAACUCGACGGUUUCGAUGCUCGCGGUAACAUCAAGGUCAUGUUUGCCACCAACAGGCCCAUGAGUGUAGAGCGCGACAUUCGUUGGGAGCUCAUCUCUCGUCUUUGCCCCAACAGCACAGGUGCCGAGUUGAGGAGUGUAGCAACAGAAGCAGGCAUGUUUGCCAUCCGAGCCAGGAGAAAGGUUGCAACCGAAAAGGACUUCUUAGCUGCCGUUGACAAGGUCAUCAAGGGUAACCUCAAGUUCAACUCGACUGCUACGUACAUGCAGUACAAUUAG